UGAUGUGACUUUUAACCUCUCAAAGAACAUGCCUGGGAAGUGCAAAUUCCAGGAGUCGUGGCUCUCCAAGGACGCCUACAAAGAGUGGCUGGUUAAGGACACCCAGGACAUUCACUUCGCCCGAUGUAGGGCCUGUUGUAAAUCCAUUAAACUUCAGACGAUGGGCGAGGCAGCUCUCACCAGCCACGCUGGGGGAGCUGGCCACAAAGCGGCGGUGCGCAAGCUUGUGGAAGCAGGCAACUUGAGGACAAUAAAUGUUGCUGGGCAGAUGAAUGGCAGCUUGAGUCGGGCUGAAGACAGCAAGGACCACGUGGCUAUCUGCCUGCAGCGUCACGACCUGGACAAGCUACCGGGCAACGACUGGGCGGAUCUGCAACACAGCCCCGCGUCAAAUUCAAGUCCCCACAAUGCCGAGCUGCCGGACGCAUCCUUUCCAACUGCCUACUUCACUGCGGCAGGCACCUCCGGGUUUCUCAGCCAGCGUGUCGUUUCGUCGGCAGGCGUCCGCACCCACGAUGCAGUUGAUCACCAGCAGAGGGCAGAAGUCCUGGAGCAGCAGCAACACAUGAGGCUGCUGGAGUGGGAGAACAGGAUGAAGGUGCUGGCGUGGGAGCAGGAGCUGGUGAGGGAGAAGAUGCGAGCCGCUCGCCAGAAGGUGAAAGCCUUCAGGAUGAAGAAGAAUUACUACAAGGCAAAGCUGAAGAGGAUGGGAGAACACGUGCCGCCGUCCUCCCCCGGCAGCAGCGACGAAGAAAGAGACCCCGAUCCCACAGGAUAAGCAGAGUUUGUACUUUUAGCCUAUUAGCGCUUGUCCCAAUGCCACUGAACUAUUCUCACACAUGGUUUUCUACCUAAAUCCUUAUUAUUGUCUGUCGCCUCAUUAGCCUCUCCUGCACAAGAAGAACAUUUGCAAGUGUAGAACAAGGUACGACAUUAGGCCCACUUCUUUUUUUUGGGUUACUCUUUAAGUGAGCACCAAGGCACCAAUUAACAGUAUUUGUCAGCAUUAGAAUUCUCACCACAGACAGAUUUAUAACUUUAAAUCCCAGCUGACAUUUAAGUAAGAGGCAGGGCACUCCCGACUGGUCACCAGUCAAUCGCUGGGUACACAAAGACAAACAACCAUUCACAGCUACUGUAUGGUAUGGCAGAUGUGCUAACCACUCGGUCACUUUGCUGCCCGGGGUCAAAUCGACGUGUAUCAAUCCUGACGUCGGCACCCACGAAGAACUUAAAAUUAUUGAAAUCAGCAUAUUUAUCUAGAUUCAUGGAUACAUAUUUUGGAAUCUGACCCUGACGUCGUACAGUUCAGAAUUCGACUGUAAUUUUCAUGUUUAACUUAAAAAAUGUUAAACUAUUACUUCAAACAUUGCCUUUUGUGACAGUUUGACCCUGGAUUUUUUUUCUAUUUCUAGUAUUAAAUAAUGCUAAGUUAUGAACUGUUGUCUCAGCAAUCUGCAGAGGAACAAAAACAAUGUGAAGUCAUGCCAAUGAGCUCGCUAAUACUAACUUCAAUUUAAGCUUUGAGCAAAAUACAGUGCUGUGAAAAAGUACUGGCCCACUCCUCCAAUUCUUAUAUUUUUGCAUAGUUUCCCCACUUUAAUGUUUAAGAUAAUCAAACAAAUGUAAAUAGACAAGUAUAACCCAAGUGAACUUAAAAUGCCGUUUGUAAAUGGUGAUUUCAUUUAUUAAGGAAAGAAAACUAUUCAAAGUUACCUAUAUAUAGUAUAAAUAUAAGAAUUUUAGAAGGGAGCAAUACGUUUUCACAGCACUGUAUCUACAUCACUAGCGAAGUUCUCCGCUCCCGAGCCAGCGCUGUCAACAUAACGAGCACGUGCUCUCAUAAGUGGGUCUUCUACACUGAGGUAACCAACCAUAGGAAUGGGGGCAGUCUUCACCAAAUACGGACCAAAGCGGAUACAAAAUGUGGUCAAACAUAAGUAGCUGUCAGAGGGGCCUUUUCUGGACAGUCUUAUGACAAAACCAAGGUGUUUUUUUUUUUUUUAAAAUGAAAUUGACACUUUUAUACCAAGUCCAUGUUAGAGAGUCAUUCUAUGGCGGUCUAAAUAGCCAAAAUAUGGAACCUUUAAAGCAUGAGUUAUUAUUAGCUAGUGUAAUGGGCUGAAAGGAAUCUUUUGUUUACCAAUUUUGCUCUUAAGGGCAUCAAACUGCUUGCACUAAUGCUGCUGAAUCCUAGCUACCAAGCUUUCUCUUUGAUCUCCCUUUACAUCGCACAGCCACAAAGGACAUUGAACUGCUUUUGAAGUUUUAUAUUGCGUUUGAUAUUUGUCAUGUGUGACUACAGCAUUCACGUCAUAUUUGAUUCUGCAGUCUACCUAGAAAUAGAAGUUUGUAUGAGCAUGUAUAACUUUUAAAUCUACUAAAAAAAACAACACCUGAAUGUAAUGAAUAAACAUUCAGUGCCAUGAAUAAGUAUUGGCUAUAUAUAUAUAUUUUUUUUUUCAGUUUCCCCACUUUGUUUAAGAUCAUCAAACAAAUGUAAAUAUGAGACAAAUAUAACCUCAACAUAAAAUGCUGUGUUAAAUGGUGAUUUCAUUUAUGAAGGGGGGUGGGGGGGGGGGAAGCUAUUCAGUUACCUGGCCCUGUGUGAAAAAAUAAUUGGCCCUCUAAACAAUAACUGGUUGGGCCAUCCUCAGCAGUAACAACUGAAAGUUUUCUAUAACUGGCAAUGAGUCUUUCACAUCUCUGUGGAGAUAUUUUGGCCUACUCUUCCAAGCAGAAUUGUCUGAAUUCAGCAAAAAUUGAGGGUUUUCGAGUAGGAAUGGCCUUUUUAAGGUCAUGCCACUGCUUUUCGAUUGGAUUGAAGUCUGGAUUUUGACUGAACCACUCCAAAACCUUCACUUUGUUUGUUUAAGCUAUUCAGAAGUUGACUUGCUGGUGUGAUUUUGAUCGUUGUCCUGCUGCAGAACCUAAGUCACUUGAGGUCACAAACUGAUGGCUGAACAUUCUUCUUCAGGAUUUUUUGUUAAAGAGCAGAAUUCAUGGUUCCAUCCAUCACAGCAAGUUGUCCAGGUCCUGAAGGAGCAAAGCAGCCCAAGACCAUCACACAACCACCACUAUGUUUGACUGUUGGUAUGAUAUUCUUUUUCUGAAAUGCUGUGCUACAUUUACACCAGAUUUAGCACACCUUCCAAAAAGAUCAACUUUCAUCUCGUCCAUCCUUGUAUUCUCCCAAAAGACUUGGGAAUCAUUCAGAUGUUUUGUUUUGUCCCCCCCCCCCCCCCCGAAAAUGUACUUUUUGGGCAGCAGUGACUUUCGCCUUGGAACUCUGCCAUGGAUGCCAUUUUUGCCCAUCCAUCCAUUUUCUGAGCAGCUUCUCCUCACUAGGGUCGCGGCCAUGCCGGAGCCUAUUCCAGCUAUCAUCGGGCAGGAGGCGGGGUACACCCUGAACUGGUUGCCAUUUUUGCCCAGUCUCUUCCUUAUUGUUGUGUCAUGAACACUGACCUUAACUGAGUCAAGGGAGGCCUGCAGUUCUUUACAAGUUGUCCUGAGUUUCUUUGUGGCCUGAUGAGUCAUUGCUAUUGUCUUGGGGUAAUCUUUGUAGGCCGGCCACUCCUGUUAUCUACACGUAAGAGUAAUGGCUCUCCCAAUGGUUCGCUGGAAUCCAAAAAGCUUUAGAAAUGGCUUUUGUAACCCUUUCCAGACUGAAAAAUGUCAAUUACUUUAUUUCUCAACUGUUCUGGAAUUUCUUUGGAUCGUGUUAUUUUGUUGCAGCUUUUUUUCUUUUGUCUGACUUGAUUUUGUCGGGACACAUUGUGUUUAAGUGAUUUCUUGAUUAAGGGCUGUAGGUAAUUAGGCUUGAUGAUUAUGAUGUGAUCAGUGAAAAUUAACCAGAUAUUGUGAAUAGCCACAAUUCAUGAUUUCACAAGGCAGGUAAUUACUUUUUCACACAGCGCCAGGUAACUGAAUACUUAGCAUUUUUUUCAUUAGCAUUUAAAAAACAUUUAAUGUUCACUUGGGUUAUAUUUGUCUAAUAUUUACAUUUGUUUGAUCUUAAACAUUAAAGUGGGGAAACUAUGCAAAAAUAAGAAUUUGAGAAGGGGGCCAAUACUUUUUCACGGCACUGUACCUGACAUGGUCAGAAGGAAGCUCAUACCUUGACCCAGUUUGCCUUUACCGUUUUAAUAUUGACGAGACAAAUUCACCCAUUUCAAGACAUACUCACCGUAAAGGGAUGUGCUCACAUUCACAGACUUAAGCCCUCCUUUUCAGAUUUCAGGCAAUGUACAGUAUUCAUAUAAUGGACCAAAAUGGAUCAGUGAUUCGACAAAAUGUUUUUAUUUUUUUUCCCCCUCCUUUCAGCUACUGUAGAUUUGAUUGAAGUUGAUCCUCAAGUUUUGGACAAGCACACACAAUAAAACAGGCAUGUAGGAAGGAAUACAUUAGUUUUUUAAUGUCCAACAUAUCGCUUGUAUCCGUGGUAACAGGAACUGUCAUGGUUGCAUGCUGCAAAUACCUUGCUGAGCGCAGGGAAUGAGGCAUCCCAUCAUAAAUACAAAUGCAACACAAACAUCACCAUUCAUCAUAUUGCCACAUUCUUGUUUCUUUCCUUGACAUUCCCUUCUCGAUUCAACCACUUUUCCUCCUUGCUGUAAUUGUGUGAUGCUGAACGUUGCAUUAAAA